GUACUGCAAACCUCGACACUCUACUGCAACAUAAUUGCCUUGGACCUGCUAAAAACCCUAGGAAAUCUACCUGCCAUCGAUCUACGUUCCAACCUCCAUCAGAUCAUUUCCUUCUUCUCUACGUUCCAACUUCCAUCAGAUCAUUUCUUCUUUUUGCCACAGCAAUUCGUUUUAUUUUCUAGGGUUUAGAAUUCUCUCCCCCUCCCUCCCAGAAGAGUGACUCCAGUCCUAUCAAUAAGAUGUUCCAGGUGUCACCCGAAACAACGUCGAAGUACAGACCGCGAAAAGUCUCCGCCGUCCGCCAGUUUCCCCAUGGCUGUGGUCCUAAUGCAGGCAAAUUGCGCCCAAAGUCUGUGGAAGAGACUUCUUUUCCUGUGAGAUUGGAGAAUGGUAAGGUAGCCCACGCGGAUACGUUUUUAGCGGCUUCCAAUGUUGCGAAGGAAACUGCUCUUUCUUCACUGGCUUUGGAGGAGCCAUUGAAUGUUCCUUGCUCGGUGGAGGCUUUGAUUCCCGAAAUGACGGAGCGAACAGUGAGUUCGACAGCUGUGGUACUGGGAAACAACGCACAGAUCACGAAACUUGAAGUGCAACAGGUAAUGGAGAGCGUCGAUGUUUUGGAAAAAAAUGUGGAGCCUGAACCCAAGACCGUGAAAUUGGAAGUGCAGCAGGAAAACGAGGAUAAACAUGCACCAGAAAACAAAAUAGUGAGCGAUCCCAAGAAGUUGAAACUGGAAGUGCUACAGGUAAUGGAAGAGAGCGCAGACCCACUUAGGUUUCAUGAUAGACACUGCUAUUCGAAGAUGUAUGGUCCUCCAAGGAGGAGGAAAGCGUCGGCAAUUCGUCAAUUUCCUCAUGGAUGCGGGCCAAAUUCUGGCAGUAUCAGGGAAGAUAAUAAUCAGCCUGUUCUUGCCGCUCCUACCCUGAAUGAUAAGAGUUUGGUUGGGGGGGAGAGAAAUGAAGCAAGCAAGAAAAUUAGUUCUCCAAAAUCCAAAACCUUUUAUGGGGAGAAGAAGCCUAUUUUACAGCAGCAAGAAAUGGCUGAAAGUUCUGCAUUGGUUGCAGCUAGUAAAAAUCUUUUACAUGCAGUUGAAAGCAUGCCUCGGGAGAAGCAAUCAAUACUGAUAGAUGUCUCUCCAAAAGUUUCAGGUGUUGAAAAUAGCUUCAAUCGUGAGAAGUCAAAGAUGAAUCAGUCAAGAGCAAAUGACAGAUUUGUGAAUCUUUCAUCUUCUGAAAAAGUUGUGGUUGCUGACAGAAAAAGUUCUGAAGCAAUUAAGGGGAAAGAAACUAGGUUUGAUAAAAGUGUUCUGGUUCGAUCUAAUUCUGACAAGAACAUUAGAGUUCAAGGUGCUACUGGUCAUGUUCAGAUGAAAUCUUCAUUACAGAGUGGAUUGUAUGGGAAAUCAUUAAUGAAAAGUGGAUUAAAUGAAUUCUUUGUUGGCUCAAGUUCUGAAAAAACACUAGAAGCCUGCACAGUUGAUCAAGCUGUCAAGAACAUUCAAACUAAAGCAAAUGCUACUAUUCCGUCACAUUUCAUUGCUAAACCACAAUCUGGAAAUAAGCGAAAGGAUGAAAAGGCUAUACGAAAGGAAAAUGAGAUUAACCAAGAUAAUAGUAAGAAGAGGAAAUUGACAGAAAUGAUUCCCUACAAAGACUACACUCCAGGUAAAAGUGACGGUUCUUUAACUGCUACUGGCGAGAGGGUGAUUAUUCAGGCUCUGAUGGCUGCACAAAAUUGUCCAUGGAGGAAUCCAAAGAAACGUUGUGCAGUAAGUUCUGAUUUUAUUGUUCCAAAGAGCAAAAUUACGAAGGAGAAGAGAUCUGUUGACAAGAACUGUGCUUCAAAUGACAUUUUUUCAUACAAAAAGAAGAACAAAUGCCUUAAUGUUGAUGAUGAUAGUAUGCUGGAAGAAAACAAUGAACUGAGUAUCACCAUGACCCCAUUUGUUCCUCCUGAAUCAUGUCAGAAAGGUGGUGCUAAUGCAGAAAUUGUGGCAAGGCAUAAAGUUAAGAGGGUUUUGCGACUUUUUCAGCUUAUAUGCAGGAAACUCUUGCAAGGAGAGGAGUCUAGGACAAAACAGUUAGGUAAAAUUAAACGGAUUGAUCUGCCAGCUGCAUCAAUACUUAAAGAUAAUGGCGAGUGGGUGAACAGUGGUGAACCAAUAAUAGGAAAUGUUCCUGGAGUUGAAAUUGGUGAUGAAUUCCAUUUUAGGGUAGAGCUCUCAAUAGUUGGUCUUCACCGUCCAUUUCAAGGUGGUAUAGAUUUUACGAAUAAAAGUGGCAUGCUACUGGCGACUAGCAUAGUGGCUUCUGGUGGAUAUCAGGAUGAUAUGAACAGUUCAGAUGUCCUGAUAUAUUCUGGUUCAGGAGGAACUUCUGUAGCUGGAGGAGAUAAACAGCUUGGUGAUCAAAAACUUGAGCGUGGUAAUCUGUCAUUGAAGAACAGUAUAGGUACUCGGACGCCUGUGAGGGUGAUUCAUGGUUUCAAAGAGAAAGGAAGUGAUUCUCAUGAUACGAAGGGCAAGCUAUUCUCAACAUUCACUUAUGAUGGGCUUUAUCAAGUGGAGUCAUAUUGGCAAGAGGUAGGCAAUCAUGGAUUUAAUGUCUUCAAGUUCCAGUUGAGAAGAAUGGCUGGGCAACCAGAGCUUGCUCUUAAAGAACUAAGAAGGUCUGCAAAGUUGAAGGUCCGUGAAGGUCUCUGUGUUAAAGAUAUAUCUCAAGGAAAAGAGAAAAUGCCUAUUGCUGUGGUUAACACAAUUGACAAUGAACUGCCAGUAUCUUUUAAGUAUAUUACCAAAAGCAUUUACCCUUCGUAUUAUGCCAAAGCACCUCCCAGGGGCUGCGAUUGUACUGAUGGUUGCUCAGAUUCUGAAAAGUGUGCUUGUGCUGUUAAAAAUGGUGGGGAAAUUCCAUUUAACUUCAAUGGUGCUAUAGUUCAAGCAAAGCCGCUCAUUUAUGAGUGUGGUCCUUCUUGUAAAUGUUCUCUGUCAUGCCACAACAGGGUUAGUCAACGUGGUAUUAGAAUGCAACUAGAGAUCUUCAAGACCAGAGGAAGAGGAUGGGGGGUCAGAUCCUUGAAAUCCAUUACAUCAGGUACUUUUAUAUGUGAGUAUGUAGGAGAGUUGCUUGAAGAUGGCGAUGCUGAACUGAGAACCAAUGAUGAGUAUCUCUUUGACAUUGGUCAUAAUUAUGAUGAUCACUCUUUAUGGGAGGACCUUCCCAAUCUUAUACCAGGACUGCAAUCUAGUGCUGAAUGUGAUACUGUGGAAAGUGUAGGUUUUACUAUUGACGCAGCAGAAUAUGGAAAUGUAGGGCGAUUUAUUAAUCAUAGCUGUUCUCCUAACCUUUACGCACAGAAUGUUCUCUAUGACCAUGAUGACAAGCGGAUGCCUCACAUCAUGUUUUUUGCUGCUGAUAAUAUUCCGCCAUUACAAGAACUGACAUAUCACUAUAACUAUACAUUAGACCAAGUCCGUGAUUCUGAGGGAAACAUAAAGCAGAAGGCUUGCUAUUGUGGCUCUUCUGAAUGUUGUGGCAGGCUUUACUAAUAUUAAAGUAC